AUGGCGGACUCGCAACCACUCCAAUCCACCCUCGUCACUGAUAACCACCUCCCUCUCUCAAUCAUCCAUCAUAACCACAUAUUCACUCUUUCCUUCUACCCCUGGAUUAAGGAGAUCGGCAACUCAUUCGACCCUUCGGAUCCUUUAUAUCUGAUCCAUCGACCAUCUGCUCGGGUCGUAAUCGUCGUAGGUCAUAGCCCGCUCAAAUCCGAGCACUUAGAUCUGUAUCCUUCCGUGGAAGUCGUUGUUGGAACAUCGGCAGGUGUGGACCAUAUUGAUUUAGCAGAGUGUCGUCGUCGUAAUAUUCAUGUUACAGGCGCCGGUGACGCCUUCUCGGAAGACGUUGCGGAUUAUGCCGUAGCGUUAUUGUUGGACGUUCUCCGACAUGUUUCCGCCGCCGAUAGGUAUGUUCGGAGCGGGUUGUGGCCCGUCGUCGGCGAUUAUCCUCUUGGAAACAAGGAAUAUUGA